GUGGGAGUGGGAUCUUGGAGGGGCGACAGUGCACAUGAAUGCUCGAUCGGAUAACUUGCUCGUCGUGGGACCACCAGGGAGCACAUCGCCACAGAACACCAUCAUGUCCAGCAGUUUAACGAUGGAUCACGCCUUUGUAGCUCGGUCCAUGUGGCCGGUUGACGGUAAAUUUGUCCAGCAUCCCACCGAGCUUCACACCAGCGUGGUGGUGACGCGCAGCAUCCCCGCUGGGACCAUCUUCGGUCCGUGUGUGCUCCAACACACUUUUUACGACACCAUCGCUUUCAUCGCGCAGAAAUCCACUGACAUGAGAUCCAAAUCCUGCGUAUUCAGGGUGGACCCAGAGGCCAUGCGUAAUUCCGCGUUGGUACUGUCGUGGCUGCGACUGGUGCAGGCUGCGCGCAACGGAGAGGAGCAGAACACCGAGGCCUUUUUAAAAGGAGGUCAGCUCUACGUGCGGACCACCAGAGACGUCCACCAGGAGGAGGAACUGCUGGUGUGGUACGACCAGGAGCUGUGUCAUCUUCUGAGCUUCACAGACACGAGGAGAGGCUCGAGUGAGGAGUUCAAAUGUGUCAGGUGUGAGCAGGUGUUCAAGAAUGAAUAUCCAUUCCUGGCUCAUUGCCGCUUCCUGUGCACGCAAAUCAAGAGCAAUGCGUGGAGCCGCGACGUUUACGACGAGCACAAGCACGUGGAAGUCAAGAGGCCGCGUCGUGUAACAGAUUUCCACAACAUCGCCAGAGAUUUGGAACACAAAAAAAGUGAUGCUGACGAUGAUACUUCUCACGAGAAUAAACGGAAAUACCAGGAAACUGUUUACCUCAAGGGGAGGAAAACAGUCCUGUUGGAAAAAACUAAUAUUUCAAAUGAUGACAACAUUACACAGGAUUCCAGGAUUCAGGAUGAGACUGGAGGAGAUGAAUCUGAUUCAGCUUUUAAGUUCAAAGGUGACAGAACCAAAGUAGAUCAUUUGGGAUGUAAAAAUGCAUCUUUUGGAGAGGCGAGGGAAGCCAAACUGACUGUUACGCAUAAUAUGUUGAUGGACUCGGAGACAGGAGAGAGCUCUGGUCUGCGCUCGAGCAGUGGUAGCGCUUUUUCUUUAGUCCACUCUGACUGUCGAGAACAGAGAAGUGCUUUUUGUAAACCCAGUAAAAGGAUCUCUGCAGGCGAACUUCAUCACAGUAGCCCAACGACGGCACUUCUAAGCGGCCUGGAGGUGAUGAGAGACACCUUCACGCACAGGACUGUUUCAGGAUACAGCAACCUGAUGGGUCCUAGCAUCCUUAGCAGUGACGUUCACACGCUUCCUUCCCCGGUCACACUAAACACGGCUUUCCAUUACACACCUGAACACUGGUCAAGAACCGCUCAGGUCCAGUCCACCUCGGCUCUGACAGUCCUCCCGCCCACCUUCACCUCCUUUGGUGUGUCGGUGCAAAACUGGUGCGCGAAGUGCAACCUGUCUUUCCGCAUGACCUCUGACCUCGUCUUCCACAUGCGCUCGCACCACAAGAAGGAGUUCGCUGCAGAGUCCCAGGUGAGGAGGAGGCAGGAGGAGAAGCUCACCUGCCCCAUCUGUCACGAAUACUUUCGAGAGCGCCACCACCUGUCCAGACACAUGACGUCACACAACUGAGACCUCAA